AUAUUCUCGGAGGCAAAAUGGCAACCUCCGGCGGUAAACAGUAUGGGCUCAUUUUACCUCAUAAAAGCUCUUCAAAAUCUGCGUCAAUCCCACGACCUUCAGUAUUUGCGGAUGACUCAGAUGAUGAGACUUCUGUUGGUGAGAGUUUGCAGAAGGAAGCAAUCAAAAAGAAGAUGAUGAAGCAGACACGUCUUGAGAUGCAGAAGGCACUGGAGGAGGACAGCAGUGUUUAUGAGUAUGACAGUGUGUAUGAUGACAUCCAGAAACAGAGGCUUGAGAGCAAUAAGAAACUACUAGGAGGUGCUGACAGAAAGCCAAAGUACAUAAACCAGCUAAUGCAUGCUGUGGAAGAAAGGAAGAAGGAGCAAGAGCGGCGUGAUGAAAGAAAGAUUCAGAAGGAGAGAGAGGCCGAGGGCGAGAAGUUUGCCGAUAAAGAAGCAUACGUUACUUCAGCUUAUAGGCAGAAGCUGAAGGAGAGACAGGAAGAACUAGAGAAAGAAAGGAGAGCUACGGCAAUGGAGGCUGCCUUGGAUGUGAAGAAGCAAAAGGACUUGAGUGGAUUUUACAGACACCUUUUGAAUCAGACUGUAGGAGAGGAGCGUGUUCCUGAUCGGUGUGCUGAGAGGCAAGCCGAAUCAAAAGAUCAAAAACCUACUCUUAUGAAACCACAAGCAAAUGACAGUGAAGCAGAAUCACACAGUGAUGAUGACCAGAAAGCUUCAAAGUCAGAGUUCAGCAAGACCAACACUAACAGUAACCACUCCAAACGGCACUACCGCCAGAGGUCUCCUUCCUCCGGAAGUGCAGAUGAACAAGAGGAGGAGAGGAAACAAGAGAAAGAAAAGAGAGGUCCCAAAGAGAGAGAGAGGGACAGAGAGAGAGAAGACAAGCAUGGCCACCAGAAAGAGGAGAGGGACCAUAGGAGAGAGAGGGGCCGCCAUGGUGAGAGGGAGGAGGACCGAAGACGAGGGAGAAAAGACCGGGAAAGGGACAAAGAGAAGAACAGACAUGGGAAGACGAACAGGGGUGACGGCAGCCCAAAAGAGAGGGACCGUGAUGGCCAACGACACAGGCGCAAAGACAGAGAACGUGACAAAAUGGAUGAUAAACUGAGAGGCAGGGGUGCAGAAAAGGAGGAGAGGAUCCAAGAUGAUGGGAAGGAGAAAGAGGACACACAGGUGGAAAAUGGCACCCAAGCUGAGGCCGUAAAGGAACCUAGCAAAUUCGCAAAGCGCAGUAGUGACCAGACUGUGAGUUCUGCCAGGGAGAGGUAUCUGGCCCGGCAGAUGACCCGUUCAGCUGCAAAGGCUUAUAUUGAAAAGGAGGAUGAUUAACAGGUAUAUGCUAGGCAGGGGAUGUCCCUUAUCCUUUAUACUUGUGGCAUGAAUGUGGAGGAUUAGUAGGAAAAAAAAAAAUAGUUGAUGUUCAAGAUGAGUUGCAAGUUAAUUGGCCAAAAUGCUUUGCUGUAGGCACUGUUCUCUCUUUAUAGUAAACAAUGUAUGCAUCUUGUGUUUAAGUGGUACAGGCUGGUCCAAAAGUUUGAUUUAAUGAGUUGGAAUGAUAAAAAAAAAAAAAAAAAAAAA